UUGAAGUUGUUGCGAUGUGGGGUCGACCCUUUCCCUUACAGAAUGGUUCUGAAAAUGGUUGAACGAGUAACGACGGUUGACGUUGGCAGGAAAGAAGCAAACGAGACAAGUUAGCCGCUAGCUAACGGCUCUAUUGGGACCUUAACUUGUAUGUCUGUCCUGCGUCUACACGAAGCAGCAGCCUCGGAGGAUGCAGUUUCUUCAAGACAACUUCUUCUAUCACUCAAAUUCAAGGUUGGGAGCUGAAAGAGGCCUCGAAAAUGAGAGACAACUCCUGGUUGAAGAGCAGAAGUUGUGCAGAGCCCGAGCGCGGAAGUUCUCAGUGGAAACAAACCGACGCAGGAAGGCUCUUGAGGAAAGACAGAAGCAGUGGGACCGGCAGGAGCAGCGGCUGAGAGAGAACGUGCUGCAGCAACGCAGGCAGAGAGUACAGGAUGCGACCGAGCGAUUCCAGAGAGCCCAUCUACCUCCAUCUCAGAGACGCAGACAAUCUGUCAGAAGAAAUGUCCCAAAUAUUGAAGAUGCACUUAAUCAAAUUCAAGGCACCUUAUCUUCAUACAACCAGCCAUCCUCUUUGUUGUCCAGCACCUCCAACAUUUGCAGAAGCUGCACUCCCUCUCCAAAGCCUCCCACGGUUUCUAAAUACACUCCCUGUCAAGCUCUCUCUGCUGUUGAGGCCUACAAAAAGCUGGUGCAGGAGCAGAGCAUGACUUGCUUGAAUAAUGGUCAACAAACUGAGAAGAUUCAAGAAAAGCACCAGGCUCCCAGUCUACAAGACAGCCAUCUGUCUGAUUGCUGUUACUCUGAAAGCCUUUCAAGUAAGGACAGUUUGGAGAAUGAAGACCCCAACCUUAGUCCAAAACACCUACAGUCAUCAUAUUCAUCACUACUGCUCAACUUAGAGAAGCCGAAUCCAGACCAGAGAGAGCAAAAGGAUUUGUAUCCAGCAUCAGACUUAACUCCUUUUUCAGUAAUGAUGCUUCUUGGCGAUAAUGCACCUCAAUCAAGAAAACUGCAAGAACCUAAGCAGCAGGAACAAGAUGACUAUGACACACCUAAUGACAAAAUGCACUCCUCUAAAGCAUCUUGGGGGUUCACAUCCUCUGAGCCAACACCUAAGGCUGAGAGCCGGCCUAUUUUGAAGAACUGCAACUUAUUAGCACUCAGUGAAAUAAUGAGCACAGGCCGAGAGCACUUCGAACUGAACUUCUCACAAAAUAGUCCCACUGACAACAUAAUUAUCACAAAUAGACUUCCUCCCAAUGACACAGCAUUUAAGUCUUUAUGUCCUAAAGAGGAGGCUCUGUUGGAUGUCAAAAAGCCGAUGGGCCAUGAUGGCAGACAACUGAAACAUCCUUCAGCUACAGAAAUCAUUUUGCCUGCCAAAAAUGGGAAUAGUAAAGAUAUUUUGUUUGAGGAUCCUGAUAGGUCAAAUAUUCUUAUGAACAACAGCACAACAAAUAAUGCCACAGGAGAAGGGACUCUUCUGCAAACACAUAAAGAAAACCACAAUAUGUCUUCCAAGAUAGAGCCGAGUGUUUCCUUUAACAACCUGAAUAAGGUUUCAAACUUGGAGCCUAAAAUGGAAAAGUCUGUUAAUGCUGUAUUGUCUAAUAUUCAGUCAGACUCAGUGAAGUGCCUUAAGUGUCCUGAAGAGGGAGCUCAAAAUGUGCCUGUUUCAGUGGGGACGCCUCACUCAGUCAGAUUCAUUAAAGGAAUCCUUAAAAAGCAAUCUAAGUAUAUAUCAGGGGACACCACAUGUGCGUAUGGCUCAGGGAACUUGAUGUUUGCAAAACAAGUAGCACUAGCAAUCAGAGAUAGCGUAGAACUGACUCAAGCAAAAAAUAGAGAAGUGGAGAGAAACAGCACUGUCAAGAAGAAGCUGCGAUGGUUUGAUGAGGUUCACAUGGGAAAAGAGGACAACAAACAGGAUGAAUUAAAGCAGAGGAAUUACAAGUCUAUCAGUCUUUCUGAGUCGAAGAACAGCUCAGAGGACCACCAGCUAAGCCUCUCUACAGUCUCAGGGGCUUCGAAGCUUGGACAAAACACAACCCCCCCAGCCUCCACUGGUUAUCACUUUACAAAGCAAGCGUGGGCAGAUGUUGGGGUUCAAGUCAGCCUGCCCCAGGAACGAGCAGAUGAGGUCAAGGUGCCGUGGAGCAGCACCAGGCCUGGUGGCCCCAAGGUCCCUCGGAGAGAGCGCUCUGCUAGAGUCGGAGCGGGUCCUGUUUCCUCCCGGGCUAGAAAGGGCACUGUCAUACGACCUCAAUCUGCCACCGAGGUGAGUCAGGUUGCCAAAACCCAGGGGAAAAUCAUGGUACCGCGUCCACCUCCGAGGAUGCAAUCAGCAGACAAGGAAGAGAAGCAGCUAUACAUCACUAAGGGUCCAUAUGGCACGGAUCAUGCAAGUGUCAACAGUAAACACGCUUUGAGAGUGGAGCAGACUCUAAGCAAGGACAACUCAGAAGGCUUUUUCUUACCUUGCACACAUAGUGUAAUAAGAACAGAUAAUACUGUUUUGUACACACCAGUGCAACCCUUGUAUACAUGCCCUGUCUCAGAGGUCAACAUGCAGAGUACACCCAGCUCAGGUGACCAGGAAACUCAGGGCGGAAGCAGAAGAGGGAUGGUGUUCAGUGAAAAAGGCAUCCGUUUAGAUAGCACUCCAACAGAUGAGGAGAUCUCACAGCUCUGGUUCAGUGUCCGCAGUGCCUUAUCCUCCAAGGAUGCCAAAGCCCUGCUAAGAAGACAGGCUCCUGAUAGUAGUAAAGGUGUUAGGAAACCCUGCGUGGAGCCGAGCAGACCGCCGCCACCUGGCUCAGGGAACAGAAAGUUUCCUCAGCCCUCUCAGCUGAUGAAACAGACAGCAGAGCCUGUCAGAUCAUUUUCUGCAGUGUACAGCAUUGCCUUACAGGAUAAAGGCUUGGAGAGUGCAGCCGAGUUACACCAGGGUGAAGUGCAUACGGAAGGCCUACUGGAAGAAAGGGUCAAUGUAGCUGUCAUGGAAACAUCCCAAACACAGAGACCUGGAGCGGUGCAUCAGCGCAGCCAGCAGCAGGGGCUCACCAUUUCUCUAGAAGAGCAGAAAAUCCUCCUCUCUCUGGACAGACUCAACCACCAGCUGAGCUGUGUGCGGGAACAUGUGGGGACAAAUAUUGGCACACAAGGCCUUGUUCUGGUUGAUGCACCUUCUACGAGAGAAGUGAAAGUCACAAACCAUCAAAGGCGCCGUGCAUCCUCAGCUCACAGCCGUAAUCGAUACCAAAAGAAGUUCUGACUUGAAGAUGCCUCUUUCUUUCUUGCUUCAUACCCCAUACACUAGCACUUUAUUAUCUUUAUUAUCCUGUGAAGUGGGUUAGUUCUGCUUUUUAUCCUAGUUUACCCACCAGAGAAACUUCAUGAGCUUAAGGAUCUUCAGUGAUGGACUGUAGGAACAGCAAAAAAAUGUCAGCAAAAAUAACCACAUAACAGUUUUGGGUUGGUGAGUGGAAGUUAGUUUUUAUGUUUUCCCUGUGCAUGGACAAGCAAAUGUCACAAAAACAUAGGCUUUUUUUUUAAUUUACUAAAGCAUUGGUUCUCAACUAAUUGGUAUUGACCCAAAAGUAGGUUACAGAGCAUUUUCAGUGGGUUUUGUAUGUGUUUGGAAGAAUUUUGGCAAAAGGUCUGUUAUGUACGGAAACCCCACCUUGCAAUAUUUUUUCUCUCUUAAGUAUAAGUGGAUAAGUGCAAUGCCUUCUUAUGCAUAUUAAUCAAAUUUUGAAUUAAGCCUUGCUUAAUUUAGCAUCUUCCUGGAGCAUCAUGCUGGUGUAUCUGUGAUGGUAGCAGUGUCACCUGUAGCCUGUACAAACAGAAGACAUACAGACUCUGCAUGCACGUUACUCAGUUCUCUGAUUACUGAUGGUGAUAUCAGACAGGAGUUUGGUAUAGAUUACUCAAAAAACAAGAAAAUUGGCAGUUUUGGAUUUCAUCAAAUAAGACAAUAGUAGCAGCGUGACGUGCUGCAAGUCACAUGACUUUAUAUUGCAUAUCUGAUGCAAUGUGAUAUUACCUUUGCAAUUGCUGCACAAUAUAUUGUUGAGCCCUACUAGUUGGACACAUAGCCAUACAUUUUAUUUUACUCCAUUUUGGCAUAAUAUUCAGUACAUAUGAGGAGAGAGUGUAGGGAAAGACUGGUUUUCCCAUGAUAUCUUGCAAUCUCAAG